AUGCAACCGGUGCGUGCUUAUGGCGGCAUUGUUCAACAAAGUAGUCCUAAGGGGCAGAGAAACGUGCAACAAAAACGUACCAUUCAAUCUGGGCGUACAAGAGAAAACAGUCUUCAGAACUCGCGUGAUAAUGCAAAACCGUAUGAUCUAGAAGCUGCACGGAUUCAUCGAGCAGCUACCAGAACGAGGCCAUUACAGUCAACUGAAUGGAAUGGUCAUAUUGAAAUGACAGAUGAGUGUAAUUUAGGUUUGGCUUUAUUUCAAGUUAACACUCGAAAUUUUGUUAAUAAAGAAAUUCAUAUGAAGUUUAAGGAUGGCAUUCGUUCGAAACGAGUUGAGAUACAUCGUGUGCUAGAUUACUCAAGAGUUGAGACUUAUCUUUUUCGGAAGUCUCACUGUGUCACAAUCCCCGAUUUGAUGUUAAAAUAUAUGGGAGAUCAAGGAGUAGAGCAGUAUUUGUCUGAGUAUACUCUGAUUUCUCAGUUGCUUGAUAAAAUCAAUAGAAUAGAUUCAGUUAGAGAUAGAUGGAUACCGACUUUUUCUCCUCCAGUGCGUUCAUUAGGACACAUACUGAAUCAAGAACUU